AUGGCAGAAAAGCCAGAAGUUCCGAAGUGGCGGCACCUUUUGGGCGCUGGUGCCGCCGCCGCCACCAGCACUCCCUCAGAUGGCAGAUGGAAGCCAUCGAAAUGGAGUAUGGGAGUGUUGAACGACAAGGACACCAUUGAAGUUCCAGGAUCCGUACUACUUCUUGCUUCUCACCGCAAUGAGCCACUUGGUCUUCGGAACGUGCAGGCAAGGAACUCGCAUUCAUCUAUCCCCACAGGCUUCCCAGUCAACUCACGCAGGAAUUCGGCAUCUUCAGCAGCAAACCGUCCUCAGGUACAAGAAGAAAAGAAGAAGACGAGCGAUGGCGCCAUCAUUCUGGAGCCCCAACCCGAGGACUCGGCCAAUGAUCCUCUGAACUGGCCUUCAUGGAGACGGGACAUCGCCCUCUUGUCACUUGGCUUUUACUGCAUGAUUGGUGGCGGCACAACCCCUCUGGUGGCCGCCGGCUUCACGGACAUUGCACACACGUACAAUGUCGACGUUGAGAGGGUAUCCUUGACCACAGGACUCUACAUGAUGGGCAUGGGCCUGGGCUCCGUCAUAUUUUCUCCUACCGCCAUCCUCUGGGGAAAGCGCCCCGUCUAUCUUGCAAGUGCCAUUCUCUUCAUUGGCACAUCUCUCUGGGCCGCCUGGUCCCCCUCGUUCAACUCUCUCCUGGCUGCCAGAGUCUUUCAAGGCGUUGCGGUCAGCCCGGUGGAAUGUCUCCCGUCCGCCACUAUUGCCGAGAUCUUCUUCCUGCACGAGCGAGCCUAUCGUAUCGGUAUCUACACACUGCUGCUUCUUGGCGGCAAGAACCUGGUCCCUCUGGUUAGUGCUGUCAUCAUUGGUGCCUUGAGUUGGCGUUGGGUCUUCUGGAUCUUGGCCAUGAUUAUUGGUCUGGGCGCUGUCCUUCUCUUUUUGUUCGUCCCCGAGACCUUUUGGGACCGAACUCCUCACCCCAAGCCACGUGUGCCGUCGAAACGACCGAGCUUUCUCCGUCGACUGUCGUCACGUCAUAGAACGCAAGACACAGGGGAAGAAGCUCUUAAGAUGGAGGGCGAAAUAGAAGCCCCUGCAUCUCUAGCCGCUGCAGUAGGACAGCACGAGGGCGGCAAGCUAGGAACAGGUGCUGGUUCGGAGGGGCAGGAACCGGCGUCUCCUGGUCCUAGCCACCGGCACAGGAAUCUUCAUGUUGGCUUUGCGAAUGCCGACGGAGAAAGCCCAGAGGCCUUUGCGUCUGAAGAAUCGACGGCCACUGUCAUUCACCCAACCCCAUCCAAGACUGCGAACUCCCCCUCAAAUGAACCCACUCAACCUACUCCUCCCUACUUCAGCAGCGCAACUGGGAGCGAAUCCAAUGUCGCCUCAUUCAAGUCGGGCCCGAAUCUUGAAAGCGAGAAGAUGGAUACUUCGAGGCUGAGGGGACCACCCAAGGUCCAGGCUUACACACACACCCUCCGCCAGCAACCUCCCAAGACAUUUACCCAGCAACUCAGGCCCUGGCAUGGGCGCCUCAACCACGACAGCUGGCUCAAAGUGAUGGUCCGACCGUUUAUCCUAUUCGCGUACCCGGCUGUUCUUUGGUCAUCAGCAGUGUAUGCUUGCUCUGUUGGCUGGCUUAUCGUCAUCUCCGAGUCCAUUGCCAUGAUUUAUCGUGACAGAGAGUCAUACGACUUUGAUGCUCUCCAGACUGGCCUUGUCUAUGUCUCGCCGUUUGUGGGUGGAAUCCUGGGAACUGGCGUGGCCGGCAAGAUCAGUGACAUCAUUGUCAAGGCAAUGGCUCGCCGUAAUGGCGGACUCUACGAGCCUGAGUUCCGUCUCGUCAUGGCGGCGCCCAUCCUGAUCAGCACAUGCAUAGGCCUCAUGGGCUUCGGAUGGUCAGCCGAAGAGAAGGAUCACUGGAUCGUUCCGACUGUCUUCUUUGGCAUCGUUUCAUUCGGAUGUUCUCUUGGUUCGACCACAGCUAUCACAUUCUGCGUUGAUAGCUAUCGCCAGUAUGCCGGAGAGGCAUUGGUGACUCUGAACUUUUCCAAGAACGUGCUCCACGGCCUCGUUUUCAGUCUCUUUGUUACACAUUGGUUGCACGCAGAUGGUCCCAAGAUGGUUUACAUAUGGAUCGGCAUCAUCCAGCUUCUCCUGAUGCUGCUAACGAUCCCCAUGUAUAUUUACGGAAAGAGGGCCCGGAUGUGGACAGUCCGGGCGAACCUGAUGGAGAGAUUCUAG